CUAUCUAUAAACUCUAUGUGCUGUGGUUUGCGUUUAAAACGGUUUAACUGCAUUUAAUUUAAGUAGUUUCAAUUCAAUAUUUGUUUAUAAUAUAACAAAAAGAAGAAUAUAAGUGCCGUUUUCAUCUGUAUUUAAAAUAUGGCAAAGCAGGCUGUGUUAAAUUUCUUGGAAAAUCACAUUCGUCCCUUUUCGGUGAACGAAAUUCAACAGGGGGUGAAGGGUGAUUUUGGGAAAUCGGCCAUUCAGAAGGCACUGGAUUCACUAGUCGAGCAGCAGAAGGUCAAGGAAAAAAUAUACGGCAAGCAGAAGGUGUAUUGUCUGAUACAACAAAACGACGCAACUGAGGCUGAACUGAGGGAGAAAUUGUUAGAAAUGGAUCGUGAUAUUAAAGAAAAAGAGCUGCAGCUAAAAGAAAUUUCGGAUGAGCUUAAGAAAACCGUAGCCCAGAUAACGGAAGUAGAAGGGAAGAUAUCUUUGGGGGAAGCUUUGAAUAAAAAGUUCCUGCUGGAAAAAGAGUUGGAGGAAAUAAAAAAUGAGCUUGAAAAAUACUCAGCUACAGAAACAGUUUGUCCUAACGUGAAAAAAGCUGCUGAUCAGAAUUACGAAAAGAUGCUGAACCAGUAUAAGAAGCGUAAACGCAUUUGUUUGGAUGUGCUGAAUUCGAUUUUGGAAAAUUAUCUCAAAAGUAAGAAAAUUUUGUUUGAAGACAUUGGUAUAGAAACCGAUGAAGAUGCUGACUUUCAUGUUGAUAAACUUUGAGGUACGGCUGCUGUAGAGAUCUAAGAAUGU